GAGCAAUACAAUUCGGCGCGCGCAGUCCAGCGUGCAUGAUUCAUUUUUUUUUCGCACUCGUUUUUGGCCCAUAUUUUGAUAUUUUUGGACCAUUAAUUUUUCAGAAGGAAAAAACACGAUGCCAAAUAGUGCUGCGUCGAAUUGAGUGCCCAAAUGUAUCGACUUAACCCCAUCACGAAAAAUUUUUUUUCUGAUUUCACAAAUUUUAGCUUUUGAUCUACUUACAUGUUGGUCUAAAUAAAUUAAAUUAAAACAAGCUAUCUGCAUAAUGUCUUCUGUUUCAUUAGCCACACCAUCAAGAUGCGACAAUGUCGAAAAGGUCCAUAAAGAAAAAACUGGUUCCAAAGUACGAAUACGAGCUCUUUUGGGUCGUCUUUUCAAUAAUGGCUCUGAUAGUGAUUGUGCACAGAACGGAAUUGCAAAUCAACAUAGUGCAAAUGAAAUAUCAGGGCCAUACAACACAGUUCACAGGAUACAUGUUGGUUAUGAUGGACAAAAGUUUACUGGAUUGCCACAAUCUUGGUUGGAAAUGCUGCAGCGAGACAUAACAGAAAUAGAUCAAAAACGUAAUCCAACUGCUGUUGUAGCUGCUUUAAAGACUUAUGCCCAACUGUUCAAACAAAAUGACUGUGACAGAUUUAUGAUAACUCAAAAGUCUGUUUAUGCUGAUGAUGAUUUUGUCGUCUAUGGCACAAGCGGGCAAGAAAUUUCUCGAACUUCUGCUAGUCUAACUCCUAGUACAAAUUCCAGCGGAUCACAUGAGUUGGACAAACCCUCAACAUUUGAUAUUAUUCAUAGAAGCAAUUCCGAAUCUUCAUUCAGCUCAGAUGAUGUUCAACAGGAUACAACCAACAAAAUUAAAGAUUCGGAUGAAAAGCUGUAUCUGUUUAACCGAGAUGAAACGGCUUGUUGUGACAAUAAACUUUUGGUCGAAUCAAAGAUGAUUAUUGCUUCCAAUUCUAUCAAUUUGGACGAACAUUUCACUGGAAAAGAUGAGAGCACUGAAUUAAAUGGGGCAGUUCCUCCAUUAGCUCCACCACGCAAAACUGUUGCAGCAGUAAUAUCAGAGGAUUUAUUACCAACUGAGACUCAAUCUUCAAUUUCUUCAGUUCAGUUCUUUCCAAAUAAAGCUGACAGUUGUGAUGAUGUGAAAGGAUUGUCAACACGGAAUCACAAAAACUUAGACUCUUGUGAGAUAAAUUCAUCCGUGAAUGCGUGUAAGGCGCCGCCUCCUUUGCCACCAAAGCCAAAACAUCUCAAAAGUUCCUCCUCAUCGCCUGCUGGAAAUGGCUUCAACGGUUUCUCCUCCCAAGAAUCUGCUUAUUUUUUAACUGACAAUGUCGUUUCAUGUGAAAAUUUGAACAUUGAAAAUACCAGGGUGAAUGUUGCUGAAAGCGUCAGCUUUUCACAAGAAUCCUUGCACACACAUGACAAUCUUUCAAACAAGUUAGCUAAUUUUGAUAUAGAUGUUCGAUCAACUGAUAAAUCAUGUGGAUCAAGCUCAAAUAGUUUGAACAAACAGAAUAUUGUCUCACCAUACUCAUCACCUUUGCACCGUUACCAACCCUUACUACCUUCAACUGCGACUGUAACAGAUAAAAGUCGAGGUUGUAGUAAUUGCAGCACCGUUUCAACUAAAUCAUCACCAGUACGUCACCAACAAAAUUGCAGCAGAAAAUCCAAUACUAGCAUUAAUGGCGUCAACGCUGGAAUUCAAACUCCCCUUACAUUUUGCGCGAAUAAUGAAGGAACACAAGUAUCGGCAAAAUGUGUGGACCCGGCUGCGUCACAUGAUAAUCAAGAUUUAUGCGUUCAUUCGCCUAUUGCGCAUGUAAGAAACUUCACCGCUACGAAUACAGCUAAUACCGUUAAACAGCGGACACCUAGACAGGUCAACGAUCAACCGAUAAACGCAGCCUCAGAAGAUGGUAAUGAAGUUGUACGAACAAGACAAUCAAGAUUCAGGAUGACUGAUCAACAGGUCCUUAAUGAAUUAAAGCGAAUUGUUAACAGCGGUGAUCCUUUCCAGAAGUAUCAACUUAUUGAUAAAAUUGGCGUUGGCGCUACCGGUAAUGUUUGGACGGCUAGAUGCAAAUUUACUGGAGAGGUGGUCGCGGUUAAACGGAUGGCAUUCAAAUCGCAGCCCAAAAAAGAGAAUUUGGUUAACUAUAUUGAUAGUUAUCUGGUAGGCGCUGACGACUUGUGGGUAAUUAUGGAUUUCCUCAAUGGUGGUAAUCUGACUGAUGUUGUUGUAAAAACGGAACUUGACGAGGGGCAAAUUGCAGCUGUUUUAAAGGAAUGCCUUUUAGCUUUGGAUUUCCUACACAAGCAUAGCAUUAUCCACAGAGAUAUUAAAUCAGACAACGUUCUUUUGGGUAUGGAUGAUUUCGGCUUUUGUGCUCAAUUGCAACCUGGAUCCAAAAGGGCAACAAUAAUUGGUACACCAUAUUGGAUGGCACCGGAGAUUGUAAACAAAACAAAAUAUAACUACAAAGUGGAUAUAUGGUCAUUGGGAAUCAUGGCUCUAGAAAUGGUUGAUGGUGAACCUCCUUAUCUGUCUGAAACUCCAUUAAGGGCCAUUUACUUGAUUGCACAAAAUGGAAAGCCGGAAAUUAGGAGGAUGGCUGAACUUUCGGAAGAGUUCUUGGAUUUGAUAAAUCGGUGUCUUUGUGUUGAUCCAAAUGAGCGUGCAGACACAGAAGAACUAUUAAACCAUCCGUUUAUUGCGAGGUUUUAA